AUGCUUGCCAUCAUCGCUCUCGCCGCUGCCGUCGGCGCCAUCGCCUCCCCCGUCAACAUCGCCGCUACUCUCGGCUCGCGUGACCUCAAGCAGACUCAGACCUGGAUCACCAUCCACGAGUCUUGCAAUGUCACCCAGCGCCGCAUGAUCGAGCGUGGUCUCAACGAGACUUGGGAGGUCGUCGACUUUGCCCAAAAGUACAUCAAGCAGAACGGGCCGGACGACCCAGCCUUCCAGCUCUACUUUGGUACCUCUAACCCUCGCGCCAUGGUCAACGCUCUUGGGUCGUACGAGGCGGUCAUGUCGUCGGACAAGACGGGUGUGGUUCUCCGAUGUGACGACAUUGACGGGAACUGCAAGUUCCCGGGAUGGAGAGGUCACUGGCGCGGCAACAACGCCACCUCGGAGACGGUCAUCUGCGACGCAUCGUACACGGACCGGCGGUACAACAUCGAGAUGUGCAUGAAGGGCUACUCUCUCACCACCGCCGCUCCCUCCACCUACUGGUCCGUCGACCUCCUCCACCGCCUCCUCCACGUCCCCCAGGUCACGGACGGUGCGGUCGACCACUACACCUCGGGUCUCGCUGGUGCUGUCCAGCUGGCCAAGACCAACGCCACCUAUGCCCCCUUCGACUCGGACGUCCUCCAGUACUUUGCGGCCCACGUCUACAUCAACGAGGUCGUCAAGGGAGGUGACAAGUGCAUCGGGGACAUUGCCGCUCUCCCUGCACCUACCGCGGACGCUCACGCUUCGGCCGCGGCGGACUGCCACACCCACGCCGAUGGCUCCAUCCACUGCGGUGCGCACUAG